GAAGUCGUCGUGUUACUUUUUUUCCUCCUCCUCCUCCUACCGCUGCUUUUUCAGUCUUACGAAAAACAAGAAAAAAACUAAGCAACCGUAACUUCUUUCAACACCGUGAGGGAAGACUUGGACGCUGCGUUUGAGACUCUGUCGUGUAACUUUACUGUCAUUCGAGGAAAACAGCGAAGAAAGAAAUGGUCACAACAGGAGAGAGAAGAAGUGGACGCACGUUCGGGGUACAAAAGGAUGUUUUAUGUUGAGAAUCUUCAUCUUUAUCCCAAGAUGAGUCCCACUUUCAUAAUAUUUCCCUCAUCUUCAUUGCAUCCUAAUAACUUUUUCAGCAAAGCAAACCAAAAAAGUGUGACUCUGUGUCUGUGAUCAUGCUCUUGUGAUGACACACCAGCUGCCCUUCCCAUAUCCCAUUCCUAUUGUCUGUAACAAGGACACAUCUCCCCAUUCAGACCCUGUCCUCCCGAUCCAACCUCCCUUUCAGUUUAUGUGCCAUGAUCCGCAAGAGAAGCUCUCUGAUUCUCUGUGGGACGUUCCUGUUCAUCACCUGGAACGCUAUACUGGUUCUGCUGCUGUGGAGCAGACCUCCCCCCAGCCAGCCAGGUGAAUUGGCUGGGGACCAGGGGGAGGCAGUGGUACAGCCCACCAGCGACGUGGUGGCAGACGUGCUCCGCAUGGUAGACACGUUUGAAGUCGAGCUGGAAAGACAGAAAAAAAUCCUACUGCAGAUCCUAAGUCAGCGUUCACUGUGGGAGCCGUCAAACAGAAACAGACCGAAGGUCGUCUCCCGCCCGCCUGUCAUCCCAAUCCUGGUUAUUGCCUGUAACAGGGUUACUGUGAGGCGUUGCUUGGACAAACUGCUGGAGCAUCGGCCUUCAGCAGAGCUCCAUCCAAUCAUAGUGAGUCAAGACUGUGGCCACGCUGAGACAGCUGAGGUCAUCCGCUCGUAUGGCAGCAAAGUAACUCAUCUGAAACAGCCGGACCUGUCAGACAUCGCAGUCCGGCCAGAGCACAAGAAGUUUCAGGGUUACUACAAGAUCUCCAGACAUUACCACUGGGCCCUCAACCAAGUGUUCAAGACCCUGUCCUACUCCUCUGUGGUGGUAGUAGAGGAUGACCUGGAGGUGGCGCCAGACUUCUUUGAGUACUUCCGAGCCAUGCACCCUCUCCUGAAAUCUGACCCUAGUUUGUGGUGUGCGUCAGCCUGGAAUGACAACGGCAGGGACGGAUACGUAGAUCCGGGAAAGGCUGACCUGCUCUACCGGACUGACUUCUUUCCCGGUCUGGGCUGGAUGCUCCUCAGUGAGCUGUGGGAGGAGCUGGAGCCCAAGUGGCCUGCGUCGUUCUGGGACGACUGGAUGCGUCAACCAGAGCAGCGCCGUAACCGUGCCUGUAUCCGCCCAGAGAUCUCACGAACUUUAACCUUUGGCCGGCAGGGUGUGAGCCUGGGUCAGUUCUAUGAUAAGUACCUGAAGUACAUUAAACUGAACUCUGAAUUUGUGCCUUUUACAAAGUUAGACCUAAGUUACUUGAAGGAGGAGACAUACCGAGUGAACUUUGAGAAGGAGGUUUACAGUGCUCCUGUUGUCACAUAUGAAGAUGUGAAACAGGGACAGCUGAAAGGACUGGGGCCUUUCCGCCUUCAGUACUCCAGUAAGGACAGUUUCAAAGUCAUGGCCAAACACCUGGGGAUCAUGGAAGACUUAAAGUCUGGAGUCCCGAGAGCAGGAUACAGAGGGGUGGUCAGUUUUAUCUCCAAAGGACGGAGAAUCUACCUGGCCCCUCCUCCAGGAUGGACCCAGUAUGAUCCCACCUGGAGCUGAUCCCCUUGAAUUAAGCAACUUUUCUCUAAAUGUGAGUUAGGGAGAGUUUUUUUUUUUUCCAGACCAAAGAGCAAUGCCGUUGCAGAUUAGUUUGACUGAAUGAAAAGUUUUCCUGUGUUUGAUAAUGCAGAAUGGAUUGUCCUCUUCCCACUGUAGCGGUUCCUGCCAAUACCACUCAGGUGUCUUUCAUUAUUCCAAAAAUAUUUCUUAACACCUAAACAGUUUGUGAGACAAACCUGCUGUAAAACAUACAGAGAUCUAUUUUUCUAUGAUGCUUCUAGUGCACAUGACAUUCAUUAAUGCAUUCAAUGCAAUUACCUAAUUUGCCACUUUUUGUUUUAAAUUAUUUGCAGUUACUGGUAACUUUGUCUUAACUGUUUAAGUCUGGUACAAGUGUAAAUGUAUAAUCUGUGGUAUGGUUGCAGAUGGUGGUGGUGACAGGUCAUGAUUGCAGUAUAAUCUAUGUUUAAUUUUGAUUGUUUUUGUCUUCUAUGGAAAUCGGUUCUUCCAGGUUUUAAUGUCUGAUUAAUUUUGUUUAAGCAUUUUUCAUUGUACCUGCAGGUUUAUAAGCUUGCGAAGCUACAACAUCUGUGUGUUUAUAUUUUUGGAAUAAAAAAAAUGCACAAUAUUACAGCAA